AUUUUUUCUAGGGACGUAGCUAGGCUAGAAUGGAACACUUCGACCUCAGUGAGUUUAACCAACCACAAUCAAACACAUUUCAAGAAGCUCGGUUAGUUAGGCAGCGAGUAGUUGAAAGUAAGUGCACUUCUUCUGACAGCAGGAGGCGGCUGGAGGAACUAGCUGAAACAAGUUUACCCGCACGAAACUACCGCAGUGAGCCGUGUAACGAUGGAUAUCACCACCACUGACAUUUUGACAGAAUAGCAAGCUAGGCUAGGUUGCCCUCAUGCGUAAGAAAAUGGCUCUUUUUAGCUGAGAGUGUUACUUACCAAAGAUUUAUAGAGUUAACAGUCAACCCUGUGCUGCAUUUGUGAAACCCAACCGCCCCAGGAUGCGUUUCAACGAGAAGGAGCUCAUCUCGUUGAGUCGCCAACCUUCUGAGAGGGCGGCAGAACUUGGGAUGCGAGGACCGAAGAAAGGAGAUGUUGUAAAGAGGAGGUUGGUGAAGCUGGUGGUUAAUUUCCUGUUCUACUUCCGAACUGAUGAGGAGGAGCCUCAGGGUGCCUUGUUGCUAGAGCAGUGUCGGGUAGAAAGAGAGGACAGCCAAGCCUUCUCUAUCACUUUCCUAGAUGAGGCAGAGAGGAAGUACCUGUUUGAGUGUGACUCCCAGGAGCAGUGUCAGGAGUGGAUCGACUCCAUCAUCAAGGCCAGUUAUGAGUUCAUGAGGAAGAACUUGAUCUUCUAUCGCACAGAGAUCCACCGGCUGACCGGCAAGGACCCUCUGGAGCAGUAUGGUAUUGAAGAUGAGACACGCUUCCAGGUCACCAGUGGCCUACAGCUCAUGCCUAAAGACAUUUAAGAUGUACUGUAGCCCCCGCCUACCAACGUUGGACUUCUAAUCACACCAACCACAUCCCUUAGCAUCCCAUACUGUCCUUCACCAGUCCAAGUCUCAAUAUUAUAGCGAAGUGGUCUUCGGUCUUUUGUUGCUCAAGAGAGUCCAACCUAGGUAAAGUGGAAAGCCUUCUUAUAUUUUAGAUUAAUUGUUUCUGUUUUUAUGCAUGUUGUAAUGAUAUGGCCUCCUAUAUCCACGUACUGUACAUCCGCUUGACGCUCUACUGCAGUGGUAUUCAAACUCCUUAGCCCAUUUUUUUUUUCCCGCCAGAAUUUCUGGGAACACACAUUUUUUUCCUAUCAUUUUUCAUGGCCCUGCCCCAAAUCUAAUGACGCAACCUUAAAAUCGGUAAAUUGCCAUUUUUACAUCAACAAAUAUCCUUAAAUUCAUUACACUUUCAUCAUAUCAAAAUGAAAAGAAACCAAUAAAUACAUGUACUCAAUACAAUAUAAUUUUUCUAAUUAGCUUUCUCAAAAACGUUUGUAUAUUGUUCCAUACAAUAAUCUGUACUUUAAAAAAAAAUGUGGUUCUUAAAAAAUAAACAUUUAAAAUUUUGGCGACCCCCGACUUUGAAUACCACUACUCUACUGUCUGUGCACGCCAUCACAUCAACCAGAGUCAAAGGCUUCGGUGUCGUUGUUAGUCUCGUCUCUGGACAGCAAACCACUGUACUUUCAACUUUGACCCUUCUGUCACCUGCUGUACAUUUAGUAAUCUCACUCAUCGAGUUGGCUGGCUGUGUGAUUCUCGUUUCCUAUAUGUGUAGAUAUGUUUUUUUACUAUGGUUUUCUAGUGUAAGACGCUGUAUUCUUAGUACAAUGUGAAGACUGUAAGCUAUCAGCCAUUGAAUGUGCAGAGGUGUUUGACUUCUUGAAACCCUCCUAGUGAAUGAGACUGAAAUGAUGUACAGGCUGCACGUUAAGCCAACCCACUUCCUUUUUUACCUUUCAUGUCCUUGUAUGUCGUGUUUAGUCGGAUUGGCAAUACCUUUUUAGCUUGACCAAUAUUCUAUGACAGUUGAACUUAUUAGUGUUAGUUAUAAUAAUUAUUUAGUAAUCUUAUUAGUGCUUUAGACCUAUAUUUUUUUAUUUUUCAUGAUACUUUUGCACAUCGUUGUUUGUCUAGACCAGGACUGCCCAACCCUCUUCCUGGAGAGCUACUGUCCUAUAGGUUUUCAGUCCAACCCUAAUUGAUCAUAUC